AUCAAUGGCGACCUUGGGACCGUGAGGGUGAAGCCUGCUAGCGUCAUGCGCCUUCGGCAGGCGCUGCUGGCGGUCUUGCGGCGAGGCGCCGCCUCGCCUCGCAUGCUCGAAGUCCUUCUGGGCCACAUCACGUGGGCGAUGAUCUGUAUAAGAGAGACCCUCUGCAUCCUGUCGUUUGUCUCCGCCUUUAAGUCCCAGAAGGGCCCUGGAGUGAGGCCCCUGUGGGCCCCCGUCAAGUUCGAGCUUUGGUGUGUGGCCAGUACGUUACCUUUAUGGACUUCGCGCAUGAACAGCCCCUGGGGCCCCCACGUCUCGGCUUCGGACGCUUCUCCUGUCGGCGCGGGCGCGUGCACUCGCAAGGAGGUCGGGCCUCGGGUGGCCGAACUUGGGAGGCAGGCGGAGAGGUGGAGAUAUCGUUGUAUUUCGGCGGUUGCGGCACGUUCGAAUGCGCUGGGUCUCGGAGGGGCCCCCGACGACUUCGACAUCACCGAGGGUUUCUUGGGCUCGAACCCUGAGGGCUUCUGCAAGGGCUUCAACGAGAUCCCCGAGGAGCUCAUGCAGGUCUCGUCGUGGGUCACCGUGAUCUCCAGGAGGCACUGGAGCCCGUUCAAGAACAUUUUAGAGCACGAGGGCGACGCGCUGUGCGACGCAGUUCGGCACGCCACCCGCGACGUUGCGCUUCAUCACCAUCGCCUUCUGUUUCUCGUAGAUAAUUUACCGUUGGCUCUGGCGGCUGGCAAGGGUCGAGGCCGCGAGCCUACCCUUCGGCGACCCUUGCGGAGGAUCUCCGCGCUCGCGCUGGCCACCAACCUUCGGUGCUAUGUGCGGUGGAUACCUUCUGGGCUGAACGUUGCGGACGGGCCAUCUCGCCAUGGCUUCUUCCACGGCAAAAGCUUCGAGGAGUUGUUCGGGGGGGCCCUCAGCUUCCUCGAGAGCUCAGCGGUGUCGGACCCUGCUCGGGCUCGGUACCGCUGCCACGCCCUGCGCUUCCUGGAAUGGUUGGGCUGGCACGAGCUGGACUUCACCACCGCCAGCCAGCUGGGCAGCGUUCUCGUGUACUUCCUGACGGACUCGGCCCUGGACGGUUUCGACGCAGCGACGGGGAGGAUGACGGUCGCGGCGCUGCGCCAGUUCCUACCGCACAUCCUCGUCGGGAAGCGGCCGCUCCCGCGGUCGGCGCGAGCCCUCGAUGGGUGGCGCCGCCUGGUGCCGCCGCAGAUGCGCCUGCCUCUUCCUCGCUCGGCCGCGAUGGCAGUCGCAGGCUGGCUCAUCUGGAUGAACCUGCCCAGCAUGGCGGUCUGCGUGGCACUGGCCUUCCACGCGUACCUCGGGCCGUCGGAGGCCCACAGGCUGCGCGUGGGCUCGCUGGCGCCGCCGAUCCCAGGGUCGGGCUUCGACGCGGGGGGCAUCAUCGUGAACGACGCGAAGUCGGGCCGCCAUGGCAAGACGGGGGUGAUGGGCGAGUCGGUGCUGGUCGACGCCCCCGAGCUCUGGCCCGCGCCGCGCGCGCUGACGCUCAACGCGCCCGCGGACGCCAGCCCCUGGAACUUCAGGCCCGCCGACGCGCGCGCGAUGUUCCGCCGGGCCUUGCGCGAGCUGGGGCUGCAGAAGGAGUCCCCGUCUUCGUGCGCCCUCCGUCAGGGGGGGGCCUCGCGCGUCUUGCUCUCGGGUGAUCGCACGAUAGCGGAGGCCAAGGAGAGGGGGAGAUGGUUAUCAGACAAAUCUUUGAGGAGGCACGGCAAGAGGACUCGCUUGCAGCAGCGGAUGAGGGACCUCCCGCCUCAGAUCGCCGAGUUCGGCGAGCAGGCGUUCGCGAGGCUUUCGGAGCUGAUCGAGAUCAAGUGCGUGAAGGGCAGCUUCCCGCUGCCAGUGCCGCUCCAGCUGGCGCCCGCCCUGCCGCGGGUCGCGAAGCGG